AUGAGCUCCUCCCUAAGUAGUAGCUUAGGCGGUGUCGCGAACCGCAUGGACUGGCUCUAUGCCUACAUCGCUGGCACUGCUUUCCUUGUCUGCGGCUUGGUCGCCGUCGUUCUCUUAUUAUCUUCUCAAAAGCAGAAGGCCGGAUUCAACAAAGAUGGUGGCCUCUUGACCUAUGUGAAUUUUAUUUAUGCCACAUUCCUCAAACCCCAUGACAAAACUGGCAAUGGCCAACAGGAUGCCUUGGAGAGCUUCUACAAGACACAGGCCGGUGCGUACGAUGCCACGCGCAAGCGCCUUCUACGUGGCCGAGAGGACAUGCUUGGUCUGGCUGCAGCGCAGCUGAAGUUUAAGGCGGAGAAUAAGGAGCUUAAAGCUGGAAAGGCAGUCUGGGUUGAUAUUGGCGGUGGUACUGGAUACAACAUCGAAGCUAUGUCGGCUUUCUUGCCCGUAAACGAGUUUUUUUCCCACGUCUACCUGGUCGACCUUUCCCCUUCUCUUUGUCAGGUAGCUCGUGAACGGUUUGCGCGACUGGGGUGGAAGAACGUCAGCGUUGUCUGUCAAGAUGCACGGUCUUUCCGCUUGCCAGAUGCAGAUAGCGUUGAUCCACGGACGAAGACCACCCCGGGCGCAGAUCUCAUUACCAUGAGCUAUAGUCUGUCUAUGAUCCCCGAUUAUUAUAGUGUGGUUGACUCCCUCCCGGCGCUGUUGAAGCCGUCCGGAAUACUGGGAGUUUGUGAUUUCUACGUUCAAAGUAUCGUGGAUGUUUCGUCCCGCAAUUACACCGGGGGUGCCUUCAACCGCCAUGUCAACUGGCUUGGCCGGGUCUUCUGGCGUGCUUGGUUUGAUGUGGACCGUGUGAGCCUCGAAGCUGCCCGCAGGGAUUACUUGGAAUAUCGAUUCGGAACGGUUGUCUCGGCCAGUGAAAGAAACUACCUCCUCGGAGGAAUCCCGUACUACAUCUUCGUCGGAUGCCAGAAGGAUAUCACCUCGAGCCAAUCUGGUAGGGAGGCCAUUGAAAAACUGGAUGCAUCCUUCACCGAAUCGCCAUACCUUUCCCCCGCCAACCAUCGUCAGGAGAUGGAUAAAGCCAUUGAAUUGAGUGCACAAGAGGUACGCUCCAAAGCGUACGAGUCUGCCGUCAUCAACCUGGGUUCCAACCUCCCCCUCCCAUCCUCUUUCUACCAAAACCACCACUACCGGAUAUUCUACAACGAUCUGCUUCCCAAGCACACCCAGUUCAAGAACGAAUACAUCUACGCUUUUAACUGGGAAGACCCUCGCGUAGAUCACCGUCUACUUGACAUUAAACGAGACGACGUGAUCCUGGCAAUCACAAGCGCAGGGGACAACAUCUUGGACUAUCUUCAGAAGAGCCCCCGACGCGUGCAUGCCGUUGACUUGAAUCCUAACCAGAAUCAUCUCCUUGAACUUAAGGUAGCAAGCUUCAUUGCCCUUGGUCACCGUGAUGUCUGGAAGAUCUUCGGCGAAGGAAAGCACUCUGAAUUCCGCCAGCUUCUCAUCUCGCGACUGAGCCCACACCUCUCAAGCCAAGCAUUCCAGUAUUGGCUUGAGCAUUCUCAUAUCUUCACAUCCUCAUACAGCAGAGGGCUCUAUGAGACUGGAGGCUCACGCCACGCAAUUAAGAUGGUUCGUUACCUCUUCAAGGUCUUCGGACUGGAAGCGCAAGUGCGAAAACUGUGCGAGGCCCAGACAAUAGCUGAGCAGCGUGAAAUCUGGCCGCGUAUCCGCUCGGUCUUGAUGAGCAAGCCUCUUCACUGGGCUGUCGUCGGAACCGAAUGGUUUGCUUGGAAGGCCGCAGGCGUGCCUCGGAAUCAGCGAAACAUGAUCAUUGACGAUUUCUUCAAGCGAAACGGCCUCACCCACGACAUGAAACAGGCCAAGGACAUCAGCGGCCAAUCAAUUUGGGAAUACGUGGUUGAUACUCUGGACCCUGUUGUCAAGGACACUUUGAUCAGCAACGAUAAUUACUUCUACUUCCUGUGUCUACAGGGGCAAUUCUCCAGAAGAUGCCACCCCACCUACUUGUCUCCCAAAGCGCAUGUGAAGCUGUCAUCUCCGGGGGCUUUUGAUGGUCUUCGCAUCCACACAGAUGAGAUCAAUGAAGUGAUCAAACGGAUAACACCGGGCAGCCUAACCAUUGCCGUGGUCAUGGACUCGAUGGAUUGGUUCGACCCCGAAGGGAACGAUGCCUCGGUGCAGGCACAGAAGCUGAACCACGCUUUGAAAAUGGGCGGUCGUAUACUGCUCCGUUCGGCUAGUAUCGACCCCUGGUACGUGCGACACUUUGAGGAGAACGGCUUCUCUGCGCGACGUGUCGGCGCCCGAUUCCCGGGAACAUGUAUUGACCGGGUGAACAUGUAUGCCUCGACGUGGAUCUGCACCAAGACCAAGGAACUGGAAACGGAGCGACCAAGUGCCGAGCGAUCGAUCUCUUUACUGUCGCUGAAUGAGAAGCGGUCAAGUGUAGAGCAUCUUGACCUAUAA